UGACGACGUCCUUGCCCUGGCUUCCGCGUCCUGCCGCGGGUGGCACUGGCCGCAGGGACCAUGCACUGGGAGAAGAGGGGAUGGCCCGCCUUUAAAGUUCUCAGCCUUCUCUCUGGCCCGCGUACCCUUAGACAAGUUAAUUCGCAUCACUCGGCUUUUCUGAGGGAGCUGUGUUUGAGCUGGAAAGAUACCUUAGCGAUCAGCCAACCCGCCCCGCCCCACCCCCAUUAUAUAGAUAAGGCGCCUCAGACAUCACCCAUUUCAGGCCUGGUGCCCCCAAAUUGUCCCCCAGGAAUUUGUCCCACAAUGGCUGAUGAUCAAGAGAAAGACUUGCAGAAAUUCCUUAAAAAUGUGGAUGAAAUCACCACUUUAAUUCAGGAGCUGAAUUCUGAUGACCCAGUUAUACAACAGAAAGCUGUGCACCAGACAGAAAAGAGACUGAUGCUGAUGGAGGAAGCUCAAGAGGAGGAUGAGUGCAGGACAACCUUGAACAAGACCAUGAUAAGCCCUCCCCAAGCUGCUAAUGCAGAUGAAUUAAAGCCAGAGGCCUUCUUGGCAUCUGUGGAGAAGGAUGCAAAGGAGCGAGCCAAGAGAAGACGGGAAAAUAAAGUCUUAGCAGAUGCCCUAAAAGAACAGGGGAACAAAGCCUUUGCCAAAGGUGACUAUGAGACAGCCAUCCUGCACUACAAUGAGGGCUUGGACAAAAUGAAGGAUAUGAAAGUGCUGUAUACCAACCGAGCCCAGGCUUAUAUAAAACUUGGGGACUACCAGAAGGCCCUGGUGGAUUGUGACUGGGCACUAAAGUGUGAUGAAAAAUGCACAAAAGCAUAUUUCCACAUGGGAAAAGCCCACCUGGCCCUGAAGAACUACAGUAUGUCCAGACAAUGUUAUCAGAAGAUCUCAGAAAUAAACUCCAAGCUGCAAACACAGGUGAAAGAAUACCUGCACCAAGUAGAUCUCCAAGAGAAGGCAGACUUUCAAGAGAAAGAAGCCCAUGAAUUGUUGGAUUUGGGAAAGAACACAGCUGUGACAACCAAAAACCUCCUGGAAACCCUUUCUAAGCCCGACCAGACGCCCUUGUUCUAUGCAGGGGGAAUGGAGAUCCUGACUGACGUGAUGAAGGAUUGCACAGAACAAACUUUAUUCAGAACCCACAAUGGAUUCAGCAUCAUCAGUGACAAUGAGGUUAUAAGAAGGUGUCUCUCCAUAGCAGAAAAAGAUAUGAUUGAAGAGACAGUCUGUGUGACUGUUCUUAAGCUUUGGCAAGCAGUGUGCAGUGAGAACGAGGAAAACCAGCGUCUGCUUGUGCUGCACCCCAACAUAGUGAGGCUGCUGCCCUCCCUCUUGACCUCCAAAGUCAUGGCCAUCCAGCAGCAGAGCCUAGCACUGCUGCUACAGGUCACUCAGACUGAGCAUGGACGGAGCCUAGUCAUCAGCCACCUUGACAUGACCCGAUGCCGACUUCUUCCUGGACUCCUUGCAGAGUUCUUGUUUGGAUAUACAGGUAGUUGCAAGACAACCCACUCUCAGGUUUCUAUGGAUUUCUGCAGAUUGCUGGAAGCACUGCUAUCAUUUCUUGACUUCUCGGACAAGAAGGCCAGUACUGCCAUCGGACUGCUCACAGACUUGGCUCUGGAAGAAAGAUUCCAAGUCUGGUUCCAGGCCAACCUUCCAGAUGCUCUCUUUGCAUUCACAGGUGUACUGAAGAGAGAUCCCAUGGUAACCAACUCCUCAGCGCUGUGCAGGUGUAUUGCCAUCAUGGGAAAUCUCAGUGCUGAGCCUGCUACCCGAAGACACAUGUUGGCCUGUGACGAAUUCAGGGAUGCCUGUUUGGGACUCCUGGCCAGGUGCAAGGAUGACAUGGACCUAUACAGAGAGGUCACUUACACACUCCUGGGACUCAUGAUGAACCUAUGUCUUCAGGUCCCCUUUGUCUCAGAGGUUUGGGCUGUGGAGCUGAGCAGAAGAUGCCUGUCUUUACUAAACAGCCAAGAUGGGGGCAUCCUAACUAGAGCUGCUGGCGUUCUGAGCCGGACCCUUUCUUCCUCUCAGAAAAUCAUUAAGGAGGCUGUGAGAGCAGGAGUGGUGAAGAAAAUGAUUAAAUUCCUGAAGACAGGAGGCCAGACUGCAUCCCAUUAUGCCAUAAAGAUACUAGCUGUCUGCACAAACAGCUAUUGUGAAGCUCGGGAAGAAGUAAUAAGACUGGAUAAAAAGUUCAGUGUCCUGCUGAAGCUGCUCACCUCAGAGGAUGAGAUUCUGAUGGGCAAUGCUGCCCUCUGCCUUGGCAACUGCAUGGAGGUGCCCAAUGUCGCGUCUUCCCUGCUGAAGACAGACGUUGUGCAAGUCUUGUUAAAGCUAGCAGGUGGUGACUCACGGGAGACAGCUGUGCAGCUGAAUGCAGGCAUCGCGCUGGGGAAACUGUGCACGGCUGAGCCCAGGGCUCCCCCGUGCCACAGCAACUUCCCCUUUCUACCCAGAGUGAUGGGGCUCAUGUUCCCAGCUGGCUUCUGUCUAGAGGGAGAUGGCUCUGAAGCAUGGCAUUUAUGACCUGGAUUUUGUGGUCUGAUUACAACAGGUUUGCUGCUCAACUGAGAGAGCUUCAUGGAUUGGAAAUUCUC